AUGGAUCCAAAUCAGCAGCAGCAGCAGCUCCAUGUCGUCUUCCUCCCCUUCUUGGCUCAAGGCCACAUGAUCCCAAUCACCGACAUGGCGAGGCUCUUUGCCCGCCACGGCGUGAAGUCCACGAUCAUCACCACUCCGCUCAACGCCCCUCUCUUCUCCGGCAAGAUCGACCGUGACGCCCAGCUGGGUCUCCAAAUCCGGACCCACGUCGUCGAGUUCCCCGCCGCCGAGGCCGGCCUGCCGGAAGGCUGCGAGAACCUCAGCAGGGCGAACGAGUCCUUCGAAAUGGUGGUCACAUUCUACAAGUCAAUGGAGCUCCUCCGCCGCCCGGUGGAGGAGCUCCUCCAACAAUGGCGGCCCGAUUGCCUGGUCGCUGACUUCCCCUUCCACUGGGCUUCAGAAUCCGCCCGCAAACUCGACAUUCCGAGGCUGUAUUUCAACGCGACGGGGUCGUUCGCCAUGUGUUUGUGUGAAUGCCUCAACCGCCACCAACCUCACAAACGCGUCGAAUCCGAUUCCGAACCCUUUCUCCUCCCCGGCCUGCCGCACGAAAUCCGAGUCACCAGAGGGCGAAUCCCCGGGGAGUUUCGACCCGAGGUGAACGAUGACGAUCCGAGCGUCAAAGAACUCCGAGACCUGAUGCUGGAAUCAGAGGUGACAAGCUACGGAGUUGUGGUGAACAGUUUCUACGAGCUUGAGCCAGGGUACCCAGAACACUACAAACACGAAAUGGGAAGAAAGGCAUGGUUCAUUGGUCCAUUGUCACUCAGCAACAAAGACGACAUGAAACACAAAGCGGAAAGGGGAGAUUCUGCUGCUGCAAUUGACAGACACGAAUCAUGUUUGAGAUGGCUCGACUCCAAAGAACCCAAUUCUGUCAUCUACAUAUGCUUCGGGAGCAUACCAAUACCUUUCAACGCGGACCAACUACGCGAGAUUGCCGCGGCUCUAGAGACAUUGUUGUCGAGGCAGAUCAGCUUUAUCUGGGUUGUGAAGAAGGAAGAAUGGCUGCCGGAAGGGUUUGAAGAGAGAAUUACAGAGGGCGGGAAAGGACUGGUGAUCAGAGGAUGGGCGCCUCAGGUGUUGAUUCUCGACCACGGGGCCAUUGGAGGGUUCGUGACUCACUGCGGGUGGAACUCGACGCUGGAAGGUGUGUGCGCAGGGGUGCCGAUGGUGACGUGGCCGCUUCAAGCCGAGCAGUUCUUGAACGAGAAAUUGGUGACUGAUGUUUUGAAGAUUGGGGUCGGAGUUGGGGCUGAGGAAUGGUCGAUACAAGAGAGGAAAAUCAUCGUGGGAAGGGAAGAGAUACAGAGUGCGAUCACUCGAGUGAUGGUUGGUGAAGAGGCUGAAGAAAUGAGGAGCAGAGCUAGGAAGCUCAAGGAAAUUGCUGUGAUGGCUAAUGAAGAAGGUGGGUCGUCUUAUUUCGAUAUGGAAUUGUUGGUGCAAGAACUGACGGAUCUACGAGAUAAGAGAAACAAUGAUGGAUGCUCCAAGUCGUAAGAGUAUGAAUCCUUUUGAGCCAAGUAAUGGGAAAAUGUUUGUCGUUGCAAUAACACCUUAGAGAAAUAAUUUUUUGUUUUUAUGUAGCUUUCCCAUUUCCUCGCGCCAUAAAAUUCAUAAAAAAGAAAGAAAGAAAGAAAUAUUGUUUC